GGUGCACGUGCCUGGUAUAAAAAGGGGAGGCGUUGCUUGUAAGCUGAGCAGACACUGCAGCAUCUUGUUGGAGAGCCACCAGAACCACGACCCACUAAACAGUCAUCAUGUCAGAUCUCUGCGUUGGAAUCAAUGGCUUUGGCCGUAUUGGCCGCCUGGUCCUGAGGGCCUGCCUGGAGAAGGGCAUCAAAGUCACCGCCAUCAACGACCCCUUCAUCGACCUGCAGUACAUGGUCUACAUGUUCAAGUAUGACUCCACCCACGGUCGCUACAAGGGCGAGGUGAGUCACGAUGGCAACAAGCUGAUUGUCGACGGAAAUGAAAUCGCCGUGUACCAAUGUAUGAAGCCAGCUGAGAUCCCAUGGGGUAAUGCUGGUGCCCUGUACGUCGUGGAGUCCACUGGUGUCUUCCUCAGCAUCGACAAGGCCUCUUCUCACCUGCAGGGAGGUGCCAAGCGUGUGGUUGUGUCUGCCCCCUCCCCCGAUGCCCCCAUGUUCGUGAUGGGAGUCAACGAGGACAAAUAUGACCCAUCCAGCAUGACCAUCGUCAGCAACGCAUCCUGCACCACCAACUGUCUAGCACCUCUGGCCAAGGUCAUUCAGGACAACUUCGGCAUUGAGGAGGCCCUCAUGACCACAGUCCAUGCCUACACCGCCACCCAGAAGACAGUGGACGGCCCCUCUGCUAAGGCCUGGCGCGAUGGACGUGGUGCUCACCAGAACAUCAUUCCCGCCUCCACCGGAGCUGCCAAGGCUGUUGGCAAAGUCAUCCCUGAGCUCAACGGCAAACUGACUGGCAUGGCCUUCCGUGUGCCAGUGGCCGACGUGUCCGUGGUUGACCUCACCUGCCGUCUGUCACGGCCCGCCAGCUACGCUGACAUCAAAGAGUCUGUAAAGAAGGCCGCACACGGGCCCAUGAAGGGAAUCCUGGGAUACACAGAGGACUCCGUUGUCUCCUCUGACUUUGUCGGUGACACCCACUCUUCCAUCUUUGAUGCUGGUGCUGGAAUUUCCCUGAAUGACAACUUUGUCAAACUCAUUUCUUGGUAUGACAAUGAGUAUGGCUACAGCAACCGCGUAGCUGACUUGCUCUUGUACAUGCAUACUAAGGAGUAAGCUUCUGCCUGACUCCCCACCUCCACCUUAGAGAAGAGGCAACAAUGGGACCACCGUUCCUCCUUUUACAUGCACUCACCUCAUAGCUCAAGCCAUAGUGCCCCCACACUAGCACUCCCUUUUCCUCUCCUCUGAAAACUCUACAAGGCGUUUUUAGUCUCUGUAGCAGUCUGUGUGUGAAUCUUAGUUUGUUCCUUUUACAAAUGAGUCCCACUUGGAGGCGGAACUUUUGAAUUGGCAGUAUUUGUGUCUGUGUCGCCCCCCGCGAGCAUUUGUUGCUGUAGAUGUUUCCAUUCUGGGUGUUGCCAUGUUAUAUUGGUGUUUGAGAUUUAACGGUUAAAAAAGAAAAGAUGAUGGUCAACCUGUAACGUGAUUAAAGAGGAAAUCCGAAAUAAAAAUGUUUUAAAAAUACAAAA